AUGAAAUGGGCGCUCCCCCCCCUGCUGGUUGGCCUGAUAAGUGUACCCCACGCAGAAGCGUUAAAGGGAAGCCCUGCGUCCUUCUCCAAUCCGCGUGGCGACUUUCGCCCAAUUGAUCGCCACCCCCCAUCGUCGUCACCAUUUCGCCGAAAGGAAGGAGCAAACAUAUGGACUAGUAGUGCAAACCUAAGGAGGAAAUACAAAUAUUACCAUGCGUACGUAAAUAGGGGCAAGGAGUACAUGCCUUGGGGGCAUACCACUACACGAGCGAAGGUUAAAAAAAGGACAUUGGGAGCUUCGGAAAAGAGGAACCCGGAGAAAAGCGCGAAGUGUAACACGCCAGGCGGAAACUCCUCCGUCGAGGAGAACAACCCUGCGAAUAAUUCCUCCAUCGAGGAGCACCUUCCAAAUGUGCCGCAUUCUGAUCGCGAAAAUGGUGAAGAAGGAACGGAGGUCUACUUCGUUAGCACCCCGGUGUACUACGCAAAUGACAAACCACACAUAGGUCAUGCAUACUGCAACGUUUUGAGUGACAUCAUAUGCCGCUUCGCCAAAUGGGAAUGCAAAGAGGGAAGAAGCCGUGGAAGGGUUGUUCUCUUUUCCGGAAUGGACGAGCACGGAUUAAAAAUUGAAAGAAAAUCUAAGAAACUGAAAAUCUCCAGCACGGAGCAUGUCAACAAUAUGAUUAGCUAUUACACAAUGAUGAACAAAAAAUUACAUGUACAUGUUAAUAUAUUUUAUAGGACAACUAGCCAAUUUCACAAAAGCUUUGUGCAACAGGUUUGGAAAUAUUUAGCCGCGAAUGGCUACAUAUAUAAGGGAACUUAUAGAGGGUACUACGACGUAAAUGAAGAAAAGUAUCUCAACGAAUUUGAAUUAAAACAAAGGAAACAAGACGACCCCAGUGUUCUAUACAUUGAGGAAGAAAAUAGCUACUUUUUUAACAUUUUAAAAUUUAAAAAAUUUUUAACUGAUUUUUAUCAACGUAGUGAAGGUGAAGAGGUCAUUUACCCAUCCUACCUACAGAAGGAGAUGCUCCAUUUUGUCCAUCACGAACUGAAAGAUGUGUGCAUAAGUAGGUACAACACGGAGUGGGGAAUCCCAAUUCCUGGCGAAGAAAAAGGGACCAUCUACGUCUGGUUCGAUGCGCUCCUGUCGUAUGUAUCCUCAGUGCUGUACAUGGCGAAGAGGGGGCAGCUACGUAUACGAAAUGAGGACUCCCCUGUUAUUCAUUCCCCACGAGGUGGUGACACAUCUCACAGGGAAGAAGCGAAUGCAUCGUCAUGUUCUGCUCCCUCGUACGAAGUGGGGAGCCAUGAAGUGCAGACCGACGCGCAGCAGACCAACGAACAGCAGACCGACGAAUUUCUCUGCUCCUAUGAAGAUAUCUUAAGCAUAGCCGGUUUGGAGAAUUCCCGCCACAGGGAGAGGGAUCCCCACAUAAGUAAUCAGGUGCCCCCAUCUGAUAUGAUCCCCCCUGAUGGCACCCUUUCGAGGCUCUUCCAAAAGGCAUGGAACCCCCAAGUACAAGUAAUAGGAAAGGACAUCCUCAAAUUCCAUGGCGUGCUUUACCUCUGCCUGUUACAAAGUCUUCACUUAAAAUUGCCAAAAAAAAUAAUAUGUCACGGAUUGUUAAAAAGCGAAAAUGUGAAAAUGUCCAAAAGUAUAGGCAAUGUGAUAAGCCCAUUUGAUAUUGUAAAAAAAUAUGACCCAGAUAUUGUUAGACUAUACUUCUUUGGCUGUGCCAAUAUUUCUGAAGACAAGAAUUUUAAGGAAGCGCAUCUUGACUCCUUCGAACUAUUUGUACGAAACAACGUCGGAAAUUUAAUCUACCGACUUGUGUCCCUCUGUAUGGAUAAUAAUUAUAAGCAUAUUUUCCAAGAUGGACAAUUCGAUUUUUUAGAGUCCCCUAUUUUGAGGCAAUGUUCAGAAAUGAAAGAGAAGUUACUAACCCUAAUUCAUAAUAAGGAGUUCGCGCUGUUUCUGGAACAUCUAAUGACGCUGAUAAAACAGGUGAACAGAUUUUUCGUCCAUAGGGAGCCAUGGAAGUGUACAGAUGAUUCUGUCCGUUUUAAUCGAAUAAUUUAUGAGACCCUGGAGGGCAUAAAAUUUUUUUCCGUUUUUUUGUAUCCCAUUAUGCCUCAAAUUUGUUCUUCCAUUUUGCGCAACAUGGGCUUGGACGUCUCGCCUGAGGAUGGGGCUUCCUUGGACAUGUUGGCGGAGCCAACGCGUGAGUUCGCCCUGCGUGAUUUGAUUAAAAUUGUCUGA